AUGGCUACUGGACAUAGUGAUACCGCACAGACAGACAUUUCCAUCGACCGUGUAACAGUUAAAGUGCCACAAUUUAUAGCAGCAGAUCCGGAACUAUGGUUUUCCAUACUUGAAAGUAGUUUCGUUGCUUCCGGAAUUACCCAAGACUCUACCAAGUUCGGGUACGCGGUCAGUGGUUUGGACCAAAAAUACGCAGUAGAAGUGUGCGAUAUUAUACUAAAACCGCGAAACGAGCGAUCGUAUGAGAUGUUAAAAACCGAACUCAUUAAACGAAUGGGUUCGUCGCGCGAACACAAUACGCGACGACUUCUAGACAAUGAACCGUUGGGUGAUCGAAAACCUACGCAAUUUUUACGGCACCUGCGGAAUCUUGCUGGAAAUGAGUUUCCCGAAGACAUACUUCAAACACUUUGGGUACGUCGUUUGCCAAAACAUGUCCAAGUAAUUCUAGUGGGACAUAAAGACCUCACGUUGGAUAAGAGAGCCGAAAUUGCCGAUUCCAUUAUCGAGGCUCAUGGCACCUUCAACAAUAUCGCGGAGAUGUCAUCAACACCUACCGAAUCAGUCAUCAACAACCGCUAUGAUCUUCUGGAGAACGCACUGACAUCGGCGCUGCAAGAAAUAGCGGCUAUCAAGCUCAACAGUGCAGCCCCGUAUCAAUACCGUCGCUCCCGCAGACCUUCACGCUCAAGUUCGCGUUCUUCUACUUCGCGAUCGGUUUCGCGUUCGCGAUCAGAUAGGGAAAGUGUUAUCCCGGUAACACAUCGGGAAACGACUUGGGCAGUCGUUGAUGACGGCCGACGACCCCAGCCCUACGUCAUCACGCCGUUUGUUCGUCGCUGA